AUGGCGCCUUCGCAAUACAAGACCCCGCCCCAGUUGCCGCCAAAGUUCACGGCUACGAAGCAAAGCUUAGUCGAUGACGCAAAGAGACUGAUCGACAGGUCACGCAGCGUCCAAGAUGCCAUCGUCCGCGACGUGAAGCCCGAGAAUGCGAACUUCCAAAAUACCCUCCUUCAAAUUGCCCGCGAUGACAACAAGAUGGCCAUCGAAUCGCACAUCCUCGGCUUCUACAAUGCCGUAUCAACGAGCAAGGAACUACGCGAUGCAUCCAGCGAGGUGGAGCAGAUGCUUGACGACUUCGGCAUUGAGUCGUCCAUGCGUGAGGACGUCUUCAACCUCAUCGACGCGGUACUGAAGAAGGGCGAGAAGCUGGACCCAGAGUCCCAGCGGCUGCUAGAGAAGGACCACAAGUCAUUCAUUCGAAAUGGUCUGAACCUUCCCGCGGGACCCAAGAGGGAUAGGUUCAAGGAGAUCAAGCAGCGUCUGAGUCAGAUCAGCAUUGCCUUCCAGAAGAACCUCAACGAGGAGAGCGGAGGGCUGUGGUUCACACCAGAGGAGUUGCACGGCGUACCGGAAGAUGUCAUUUCAGGACUGAAGAAGGGCGAGGGCGAAUUCGAGGGCAAGCUGUUCCUGACCUUCAAGUACCCCGACCUUUUCCCAACGCUCAAGUACGCCACAAACCCCGAGACACGGAGGAAGGUCUUCGUCGAGAACGAGAACAAGUGCAAUGACAACGUACCACUGUUCAGGGAGGCCAUUCUACUCCGCGACGAGGCCGCUCGCCUUCUCGGAUACGACAAUCAUGCGCAGUUCCGGAUAGAAGACAAGAUGGCCAAGACCACCAAGACGGUCGACGACUUCCUCGGUGACCUACGUAAUAGGCUCGCACCAGGUGGCAAGAAGGAGAUCAAGAAGUUGAUGGAACUGAAGGAGCAAGACGUCAAAGAGAAUGGAAUUACAGGCCCGUUGGCCAAAGACUAUUACCUCUGGGACAAUAGGUACUAUGACCGUCUGAUGCUCGAGAAGGAUUUCCAGCUCGACCACCAAGUCAUUGCCGAAUAUUUCCCUCUCCAGACGACUAUCCAGGGCAUGUUGAAGAUCUUCGAGGAGCUCUUCGGUCUGGUCUUUGUUGAGAUUGUUGGCGAGGAAGACAGGGCUGCACUUGCAGAUGGCGGCAAGGGUUCCGACAUUGUCUGGCAUGAGGAAGUGCAGGUCUUCAGCGUUUGGGACGACAAGGGCGAGGGCGAGGGCUUUGUCGGCUACCUCUACCUUGAUCUCUUCCCCCGAGAUGGCAAGUACGGGCACGCCGCCAACUUCAAUCUUCAACCUGGCUACAUAGACGAGAACGGCAAGCGACGAUACCCUGCAACGGCGCUAGUAUGCAACUUCUCCAAGCCGACAAAGAAGAAGCCUUCACUACUGAAGCACGAUGAAGUCGUCACUCUGUUCCACGAGCUCGGUCACGGUAUCCACGAUCUGGUGUCAAGGACAACUUACUCUCGCUUCCACGGCACCAACACUGUCCGUGACUUUGUUGAGGCGCCAUCUCAAAUGCUGGAAAACUGGUGUUGGACACCAUCGCAACUCCGCUCUCUGUCUCACCACUACUCUUACAUCUCUUCCGACUACGAGAAGGCGUAUCUAGAGUCGUCGGGCGCCGAGAAGAAGCCCUCGGAGCAGAUUCCUCAAUCGCUAGUCGCCAAGUUGAUCUCUACUAAGCAUGUCAACGAUGCUCUGUUCAACUUGAGACAGUUGCAUUUUGGAACUUUCGACAUGGCCGUUCACGAGCCUGCUAGCCACGAGGAGCUUGAAAAGAUGGACAUCACCGAGAAAUACAACUCUCUGAGGCACGAGAUCAGUCAGCUUAAGGGCCCUGAGUCAUUGGAAGGUGACAAGAAGGGUGACUGGCAUUGGGGUAACGGACAGGCCACGUUUGGCCACUUGAUCGGUGGUUAUGACGCUGGCUACUACGGUUACCUCUCCUCUCAAGUCUACUCCACAGACAUGUUCUACACUGUCUUCAAAGAGGACCCCAUGAACCCCACCGAAGGUCGCCGCUACCGACACACGGUUCUAGAGCGUGGCGGUUCUAAGGAGGAAAUGGACAUUCUUGAAGAGUUCCUUGGUCGCAAACCCCAAACCGAAGCUUUCUACAAGGAGUUGGGCAUCUCGCAGUAG